UCAAAUGAAAUUAAACUUCAAUUCUCUCAUCCUAUUCCUAGGUAAACAAAAAUCCGCCAAGAGGUGCACCCAAAUAACUACCCUUAUCUAAUCUAACUGUAAUUUAAAACAAGAGGAGCCCAAAGGCCAACGGCUUCAUCUCCCUUAACUCGCGAAAAAUCCCACACUCUUUACAUACCUAAUUAACCAACUCCUUCAUGGCUUCUAUUCAUCAAUUUCAACAUUCUUGUCUUUCUUCUCUUAUCCAAAAACCCACCACUCUCUUCCCCUCCAAGCCUUCUCCAUUCACUGUCUCAUUCUCUCUUAAUCCAUCCAAUGCCAAGCUCACUUCACAAAACCCACUGGAAACCACGCCACAACCACAACCCCAACCCCAAUCCCAAUCCCAACCCGAACCUGAACCUGGGGCUGUGGACCCUGUGAAGCUGGCUUUUCAGAAAGCUAAAGCGUAUAAGAAAUCAAUUGAAGACGGCAAGAAAACGAAACUCGACCAAAGACCAGUUGAGGGUUCUGGUACUACUUCAAUUGGGAAGGAUGGUGAAGACCCGGUCUCGGUUAAGGUCGCUAUGGAGAAAGCUAAGGAGUACAAGAAGAGAAAAGAGGUCGGCGGUGGUGGAGGUGUGAAGGGUGCUUCAGAAAAUGAAACAAAUUCAGGAUCAAAGGGAGAGAAUGGGGAGAAUUUAGGAAGUGGCUUGGUGGAUAAAGGUAAUAUUAAAGAAAAAAAACUGUCAAUUUCAAGUAUGGAUUUCAUUGGACUCAACUUUGAUGACAAGAAAAAGGGAAGGGGACUGCCAGCUGGAUUGGCUCCAGUAGUUAACCCUUUUCUAGAAGGGGACUUACCUGAGGUGGAGAUAAUUGUUGGAGACACCAGCAAGUUUAAGGACUCAACAACACCAAUGCCUCAGCCUAGCCAAGAAGAUAAUUUGGAUCUUUACAAGCCAAAAGUUUCAACAUGGGGUGUCUUUCCUAGACCUGGAGACAUUUCAAAGACUUUUGGUGGUGGAAGAACUAUUCGCCCUGGAGAUGUGCUUGAAACAGCAGAAGAACGGGCUGCUAAAGAUGAACGCACAAAGCAAUUGCUUGCAGCAUACAGGAAGAAAGUUGGCUUAAAUGUUGAUCCAAAGCUUAAAUCUGAGUGUGAGAAGGCCUUGAAGGAUGGUGACUCCUUGAUGGAUUCUGGAAAGCUUAAUGAAGCAUUAUCAUAUUAUCAGAAGGUUAUGGAUAAGUUGCCAUUUCAGAGUGAACUUCAUGGAUUGGCUGCUUUGCAAUGGUCUAUCUGUCUUGAUUCACUUAAUAGGCCAAAUGAGGCUAGGGCAAUGUAUGAGAAACUUCAGUCUCAUCCAAAUGCUGAAGUGAGCAAGAAAGCAAGACAAUUUAUGUUCAGUUUCCAGGCCAUGGAUAUGAUGAAGGUUAGUGGAUCAAAUUUCUUACCAAAAAGCACAGGCUACCAGAACUACUUUGAGGCGUUCAUUGAAGAUAAAAGCAACUAUCCUCUGGGAGAGGCUGGAAGUGAAGAAGAUGCUGUGAGUCAAGCCCUCCCAUAUUUGUUUCUUCUUGUUUCUCCCAUUUUUAUCGUACUGUUGGUUGCAGCACAGGGAGCAAAUACAAAUUAGAAGCUCGUGAAUAUGUAAUUAUAAAUCUCUGUGAUUCAUUUUUAAGUUGAAUAUUUAUUCAAGUGGUGAAAUAGCUCGUCUAUGACUUGACCAGUGUCUUGCUCACACUGGCAGCAUCUGAAUAUGGAACUGUAUUUGAUGAGAGCUGUAAUUACUUGCAGUGACAAACAUGCAGAUGAUCUUAUCUUACUCGUAUAAAAAUUUUGGUGAGGUCAUGGUGAACUCAUUUUAAA